AUGGAGAGCAGUUUGCUGUGCUGGGAAACUGAGAAAGAGCUCAGAGCACAGGUUGAUCCUGUCCUUUUGCAGAGCAGGGUUUUGGAAAGGCUGCUUACAGAUCAAGAGAGAUACACUCCAUCUCCAACAUACUUCCAGUGUGUGCAGAGAGAGAUGCACCCCUACAUGAGGAAAAUGCUGACCAGCUGGAUGUUAGAGGUGUGUGAAGAUCAAAGGUGUGGAGAAGAGGUGUUCCCCCUGGCUGUAAAUUGCUUGGACCGUUUCUUGUCUCUGGUACCUGUAGAAAAAAGACGACUUCAACUCCUGGGGGCGACUUGUCUUCUGCUUUGUUCAAAACUGAAGGAGUCCCAAGUUAUAACCAUCGAGAGCCUGUGCAUGUAUUCCGACUACUCCUUCACUGAUACAGAGCUGCGGUCAAUGGAACUACUGGUCCUGAACAAGCUGAAGUGGGACAUAGAAGCAGUGACACCAAGAGACUUUCUUCCAUAUUUCCUGGCACUGCUGAGGCUUCCAGCAGAGAGACUACAGCAAGUCAGGAGACACUCGGAAACCUUCAUUGCACUGUGCACCACAGACUGUACUUUUAUUGCACUACCUCCUUCUCUGGUCGCUGCAGCUAGUUUAGCAGCUGCAGUGAAUGGACUGGGGCCAGAAAAUCUGGGGAUAAGUUAUUCCAGCUUGGCAACCACAAACUACCUUGCACAAGCCAUCCGCUGUGACCCAAAUAUCCUGAGAAUGUGUCAAGAACAGAUUGAAGCAUCCCUACAAUCCAACCUCCAGGAAGCUGAAAGAAACCAAGUACCAGUCUCCAAGGCUGUGGAGGAAAUUGAACGGGCCAGCACCCCCACAGACGUUCUAGACUUUGACUUAUAA